UCUCCGUCCUGAAAAAGUUUGCACCAAAUCACUGGAAUCAGGUUUACCUGUUGAGCGCUGGAGCACCUGUUCGCGAAGGUUCACCUGCUCAACUUCUCGCCUCGGAUUUUACCUGUUCAUCAAAAUGCGUCAAUAAUCCAGCCUGAGCCGAACAGUCGUAUCAACACAUCAACCAAUCAAUAAUCAUGAAGAGGGGAACGCUGAACUUCUUGGGUCGGAAGAACCAGUCUCUUUUCGACACCAAUAUCAAAUUCAAGGACAUGGAUAAUGCAGAGCUGGUGCUGGAAUCAUCAGCGAUCCCCGAGUCGGGAACUGCCAGUGUGCGGGCCAGACCCACCGUCAAGCAUCACGCUUCCUCAAGUUUGGACAGUUUUCAAGGAUUUGCUGUCCCAACACCCAAAGUCCCCCUCAUGCCCCCUAUGAAUGGUCCAAAGAUCAACGGUUCAGUCAGUGGAGAUCGUUUGUCCAAUGGAUCUGUGCCUGACUUUGUGGAGGGGGAUAUAUUUGUUCCACCUCCUCCCUCUAUGGCACCUCCACCUCCACCAGGGAUUAUCCCUCCUCCAGACUUCAUGGGUGACCUGAACAGUCUAGACUUGACAACCCUUCAGCCUCCUUCCAUGCCCGCUCCAAAACCCACUUCACUGGCACCGUUUAUGCAGGAGGAAGACUUAACCUUCUUAAAACCGCCACCAAUGGCUCCACCAAAGCCUCCAUCUACUAGCUCUAAUGGCUCUGCAUCAUCCGUACCCAUUUCUAGUCCGCCACCUGCCCCAGUUCCUGACCGUCCAAAAUAUGCCCCACCACAACCCCCUUCUGAAAGGCAACACAAGACUUUUAAGACACCACCCCCCAAACCUAUUAGACUGUCCUCUAUCUCCACAAAUGACUCCCCACCACAGACUCCUGCCCCACCUCCACCUGUGCAGACACCCACACUAUCCACCUUCAAUCCCCAAAAUACAGCAAAGCUUUACAAUAAUCCUAAAACCUCGAUUCUGAGCGGAUAUGAUGAUCGCGACACAAGACCCAAGCAGAUGUUAAUCCUGGAAGAUUCUGGUUCUGUCAAAUCAGCCCCGGUGCUUGUCCAGGUCGAUGGGAAAGCCCCUAAAGUGCCUACACCACCGAAACCAGUUCCCAAAGAUGUACAGGAGCUGAAGGAGAACUUACAAAUUACCCAACCCUCUCAAUCACACCUGCCUGAGACAAGCAAGGAGGCUAAAACAGGGACAGUUUCAACACCACCAGAAAUACACAAACCUGUCCAGACUCCACAUCAGACAUCACCACAGCUUCUGAAAGUGAACAAGACUUUGGUGAAUUUAGAGCCCAGCAAGGAUAAACUUGAAGGAUCUCCAAUUUAUAGUCGCAAAUUCAGUCCGUUAUUAGAUCGUAAACUACGCAACCUGAGGAGUAGUGAAACCAACGGGGCACGAGAGGGACCUGUAGCUUCUCCACUGGCUCUUUUAAUGGCGGCUAAACAAAGAGAGAAGCACAGAUCAACUCAACCUCUGUCACGGGAAAACAGUGCCAAGAAGAAUGAGCAGCCUAGUGCAUCCAUUCACCCGAGUGACUCAAGUCCCAAUUCCUUUAUUGUCACUCCAAGGUCCAGCUCAUCCUCUUCUCUAACAUCUCAAGACACAAUACAGGAGAGUCCAAAGUCUGCCAGUCCUUUGGAAGAUACACAAACAAUUCAGACUCCACAGAAAUCCAGCAGUCCUGCGCUGGUCAAGAAUCAGAUGCCAUUUACCAGUCCGGCUCUAGGUAGCAUGGCUGUUUCCUCAAGUCCGAGCAAUCUGGUUGAGCAGAAACAAAGUGCAGAACAAAGUCUCUCAAUGUCUCAAUCCACCCAGCGGCACGAUAAUAAAGAGGAAUUAAGUAUGCCAUUACUUCCUCCACCACCAGAGUUUGAUGAUUUAGGCGACAUUAUGGAGCCCCCUCCUUCUAUCCCCCCACCUGACCCUCCCAUGAAAAAGGCACCCACACCAACUGUGAGCUUUCUCCCUCCAGCUCAAGUUCCAUCUCCACCUCCGAAACCUAAACCCCCAGCAGCUCCAAAACUCCCACCUCCUGACAUUGAUGUCAAACCAAAGCUGCAAGUCCAGACAAAACCCAAGGUGGCCCCACCUCAGCUACCAUCCACUCUUUCACCCAGUCAGGCCACACUCUUGAGCAUCUUACAAAAGAAGAUGUUGGAAAUGGACCACAAAAUGGCCCCAGUGAAGGAGGCAGAAUCCAUUACUGAUGACUGGGGCACCCCCUUGUCCGAUGAAGACAAUAAGGUCCCUGUUGUCCCCAGGGCCACACCACAGAGCAAGAAUUACCCUGUGGUCAACAAAUCAGCAGCUCUGGACAUGCAGGAGCUGGAGAAGAAAGUGGUCAAAAAAUAUCAGGAGACCUCCCCAAUCAAAGUUCCUAGCAGCAAUGGACUGCCAUCAAAACAUCAGUAUGGUAUGACCUUUACAGUUCGGCCCGGAACAAAACAGCCUAUUACUCUUGUCAGUAAAGGGGAUUCUUAAUGAGAAGUGUAAAUGAGACAGGUGUUCUUCUGUUCAGCACACACAUGCAUGUGAUUGGAUAAUGUGAUUUUGCAUUAGAAGAAAUUUGUACAAUGAGGAAGAAAGCACUUUGAACAAAUGAGCUACACAAACGUGGUUGGCAAACAUGUUACGAAUGUCUGGAAUAACUAUGGUCUGCCCUGUUAUGAAUGUUAUAGUCUGAAUGUAUUGCGCAAUCUCUGGAAAACACACUAUCACUGUCGAAUGGUGUUUUGGUUUUAUGUGGAACAUAUUAUAAAAAGGUUUUUGUUUGGCUGCAGCUGUCUAUUCAGUGUAUGUUGCACAUGUUGCCUUUUUAACCAAAACUUUUAAUCAGUCUAAACUAAUUCUAUUAAGAAAAUAUUUUUUACGCUUAAGUUAUUCAUAGCUGUAUAUGCUGAGUGAAAUCAAUCAACAUUAUUCAGUAAUUUGUAUAGUGGAAGUCUACCUGUAAUCUUGAUUUAAAAUACAAUACUCAUGUACAAUGUAAUUAUUGUGGUUCAUGCUGCAAUCACAUGUCCCAUAACUGAAAUGUUCUUUCACUGUUACAUGUACAUUAUGUAAGUCCAUGGAACAAAGCAAACAGUUAAUUCAGUGCCAGAAUGUUUUUCUCUUAGUGGGAUUGUUUUUCAUAUUUAUUGAGCUAGGAAAUGUUUUGCCAUUUGUAUAAUAGUUAUUUUAGUGCAGUAAAAUCUGUGUCAGUGUACCUACAGUAGACUCAUAUUCUUAUUCUGUAUAUAUGAAUUUGAGUAAGUUUAAAAUCAAACACUUAGAUAUUGUAAGAAGAAGUUUUAUGUACAUGUACAAAAUAAAUCCAAGCAGUAAUUGCUUGUUUUAAUAA